GUUUUUCUGAUUUUGUUUUAGUCAACUUGCGGUGAGGUUAUAUCCGUUUGCCAUACUGUCAGUUCAUACUGUCUGUUUCCGUGGUUGACGAAAUGGGGAGACGUAACUCUGAAAACAACGAUCGUCGUACUGAACAAUUCCGCAAGCUGUUCAUUGGAGGCCUGACUCCUCUUACUACAGAAGCCAAGCUGAAGGACUUCUAUUCACAGUGGGGCGAAAUUGUCGAUGUUGUGGUGAUGAAAGAUGGUCGAACCAACCGCUCCAGGGGUUUUGGUUUUAUCACUUACAAGGAACCAGAAAUGGUGGAUGCUGCUCAAGCUAAUAGACCACAUGAAAUUGAUGGUAAAACCGUUGAAGCCAAGAGAGCUAUGCCGCGUGAAGAUUCAAAUAGUCCCGAGUCCCACAUGACUGUAACGAAGCUGUUUGUAGGUGGCUUGAAAAAAGAUGUAACUCAUGAAGAACUGCGUGAAUAUUUCAGCAAGUAUGGUAACAUCACUGAGUGUGAGGUUGUUGCUUGGAAGGAGUCGGGCGAGUCACGCGGUUUCGGAUUCGUCACGUUUGAUGAUUACGACCCUGUUGAUAAAGCUAUACUGUAUAAACCACACCAUAUCGGAUCCAGUAGGGCGGACGUGAAGAAGGCUCUCAGUAAAGAGCAAAUCAACACAAUGAAGAAGAAGCAAGAGUCCCGAAAUGACUACAAUAACAAUUAUGGUGGUGGUGGCGGUUAUGGACCGAUGGGUGGAGGCUAUGGCGGGUAUGACGGAGGUUACGGGGGUUCCUACGGAGGUGGUCCUUAUGGUGGAUAUGGCUCGAACGGUGGUGGUGGUGGCGGUGCCUACGGGGGUGGGAAUUACGGAGGGGGUUGGGGUCCAAAUCACAUGAAUGGAGAUGGUCCUGGCUGGGGCCAGGGAGGAAUGGGUGAUGGAUUUGGGCACUACGGGAACCAACAAAACUACGCCGGUGGUCCAAUGCGCGGUGGCCCACCAGGCGGUUACCAGAGGAAUGCUCCCUAUGGAGGGGGCUAUGGCCGCCGUUAAUUUCAGUCAGGUAAGAAUUUAUUAGUAUGAGCAUGUUUUCAACGUCUAAUUGCUUCUUCAUAUCCGUUGCAGGGUUAGUAUGGCCUCAACAGUUUGGUCUAGGCAGUUCUACUAGCAGAGGAGACAGAGUUGUCCUAGCGCCCUCAAGUUCUAGGUCAGCCAGCAGAAAGUCGACAGCCUGUCUAUAGCUGAGGAGGCCAGGGAUCCUAUUAUUCACUGUGUAUAUACUGUUAACUGUUAAUUUUCACUGCAUGUGCAAUCGAGCGUUCUUUUUAACUGUCAUGUCCGUUGUGAGUUAGCAUCCAAUCAAGAGUGACUUUCAUCCUUAAGUGUAAAGUUUCGUAUCAUAAUUGCAUAAGCCCAUGCAGCGUCAUUUUUUAACCCAGCUUUGUCACUAGUAUUAAAGGAAAUAAAAGUGUUGAAGCCAGUUAGUCUUUUGAGUUAUGAGUUUUGUAAUUGGUAGUGACGAGGGAGAUGGAUGCUUGUUGGGCGGGAGACGAGGUUGACUUGCUAGGUCUUCCAGCCCCUUGUGUUAAGCAAGCCUGUCACUAUGUCAGGCACUUGAAAGUGAGCAGUUUUAAAAUUCGUUGUAGAGCCGUAAAUUUGGGUCCAGAAAGACAUGUAGCAAGGUCGAAACCAGGGUAUCCAUUCACUUUGUUCACAAUUUUUGAGUGGUUUUGCAGAUCUCGCGGUGCCCCUUGGAGGAUUGACACUCGUCCGUGGCGUGGGACGCAAUGGACUCGGAAACUUGUAUGGUUGAACCAUCGUUAUGUAUGCUGUGAAACAUUGUCAAAAAUAAAUUUACGGAUUAAUUCCGCAUGUACAA